UGAAACAGGAAGUGGUGACACCUAUCUGAACUUCAAAUCGUUUGCAUUGUCGAAGUGAACAUUUCACCCUUCGUUCAGACGUUGUUCGCUAGGCUACUCGGGUUCACCAAUGACUCUGCAGUGGACUGCAGUAGCCAUCUUCCUCUAUGUGGAGAUUGGAAUCCUCCUCCUCUUCUGCAUACCUUUUAUUUCAGCAAGAAGAUGGCAGCGCAUUUUCAAGCUGGGGAUAUGGGACAAAAUCUCACCCUUCUGGAACAAAGGCUUCCUCACCAUGAUCAUCGUCCUGAUUGUGCUCUUCCUAGAUGCUGUACGAGAGGUGAAGAAGUACUCGGCCGCAGAUCCUGGUAAAGAUCCAAAGCUGAACCCCAACAUGUAUGACCAUAUGCACAUGAAGCUGUUCAGAGCGCAGAGGAACCUCUACAUCUCUGGAUUUUCCCUCUUCCUCUGGCUGGUCAUGAGGCGUGUGAUCACCUUGAUAAACCAGCUGGCCUCAGUUCAGGGCUCCACUGCAGCACUGCAGGCCCAGGCGGAAAGCGCCAACCAGGCCGCCAAGAAAUACAUGGAGGACAAUGAGCUCCUCAAGCAGACUUUGGCUGAUGGAAAAGGCGAUGGCAAUGUCACGGCAGAGGGAAAUGAUCUCUUGAAGGAAGAGCUGGAGAAGCUGACCGAGGAGCUGGAGGCCUCUAAGGAAGCUCUGAAGAAGUCCCAGUCUGAGGUGGAGGCCAUGAAGAGUCAGAGUGCUGGCCUGACCAAGGAGUACGACCGCCUGCUCACGGAGCACCAGGAGCUGCAGAACCAGAUGGAAAGUGGAGACAAAAAGGACGACUAGGACUUUUUUUUCAGAUUUGUUUGCAGUGUUAUUCGGGAUACCACACAACUGCUGCCGUGUAAAAAAAGCACCUCUUUUCCAACACCCACUCUCAGUCUUUUCAGAGCACUGCAUGCAAUGGGACUACUCCCUUAUUUACCUCACUGUACAGUGCAGCUGUGCAAAACAUGCUUAACUCUUCACAAUGCAUGCUUUUUCAUUUGGUUUUAUUCAUUAUCUGUGUAGGCAUACCCUUAUCAUACAUGCAGUACAUGUUCAUGUACCUUUUUGUUUUUUCUGUUUGUUUUUUGUUUGUUUGUUAGUUUUCUGCUGUGUGCCUUGUUAUAAGAACAGAAGAGGCAGCAUUUAUAGUUGCAACCAAUGACCGUAUAGUUUGCGCAAUUGUCCAGAGGGUACAGUAGUCCAUGGACUAUUACAGCCUUCUUUAUCUUUGACUUUAUUGUCAUGUUGACUGGCUGAGCAGACAGGGGGUUAAGACGAAAUGAAGACAUACUGUAUACGGCGUGCCUGUUUGGGAGUUCCAAGGGAAAUUGUGGGAGUGAAAUAUCAUCUGAACCCUGUCCAGUUCCGUUACACAUUCCAGGAAGACAUUGUUAUCCUGCAAAUGUGUCGUUGUUAUGUGGUGUCCUGGCUCCCUGUUUGUGACAGUUUAUAUUUUUGGUUCUGAAAUGACACUGGGCCACACCAUUGACUGUAUGAAAAUUGUCCACAAUAAGGUCUAUAAUCACAAUGUGAGCUUUGCGUACAGUAUGCUAUGUUGAUAGACAAGUGUGGAAAUGUGGGGGUGAAAAGCCAAACAACUGUUAUGUUAUGUUCUGUUUCAGUUGUUUCAGGGAUUUUGUGACAUUGACCUCAAUGCUGUAAAAUUCUUUAUUAAUGUUGAUGAAGAAAAAAUAGAGCAUUGGGGUAUCAGUUAUUUGUUUGUUUUCUACAUAUAAAUUAGUAUUUUCUUAAAAAAAACCUAAAAAGUCUUAAAUUAUUCAUUCACUUCCAAUUUUGUGUGUGCUGCCCUAUGUACUUGCAAGGCAUGCUUUUAAUGUUGACUUAAAGCUGUAAUUCCUGUGGGGUUUUUUGUUUGUUUGUUUGUUUUGUUUUUCCCUAAGAUGCUGCCUUAAUAUGAGUUGGUGUGUAGGUUUGCCACUGUCAAGAGUUUUUCAUCAAGAAUCUGAUAGCACUUUUUCUUCAGAGGUGUGCCACUUGGGUUUAAUUGCAGAUGUAGAUUGUGACUUGAAGUAGUUCUCUUGUGUUUUUGCCGUGGAUGUAGUUGGCACAUUGUGGAUAUGACUGACCUAUAGGAAGAGCUCUUCAUUUUUGCACCGCUUUAUUGCAUGCUAGCCCGUUGCAUUCAGUAGAGGUUCUCUCUUACUUGUGCUCAUUUUGGAUCUGAUGACAAUGGUGAUUCUCUGCCCAUAAGAAUGUGAAAAUGUUUCUGGCCCUUUUUGGAUGAUAUGUGUCAUAAGAAUAUGAGCAGGCCACUACACACAAUCUAUUUUUGUAAUAACUAAAAAGUCCUGUCCGAACAUUUUAAUCCACACAGCCACUGCCCGUCACUCUGGGCAGAUGCGACACUGAAACGUUUUUGUGUGCAUGAGCAGUCUAGUAGUGGAGGUCCCUUCCUCUUUCUUAGCGGUAUGAGAUAUUAUAGUUCCUCCCAUCCUUUCCUCCAUCCUCUCACCUUGUGACGCAAUGCUUACAGUACAUAAAUAAUUGAAGUUUUUACCUAACAUCUUUCAAAAACAUAAUUCAAAUGUCAUUUAUCAUUUGCAAUCUGGAUGCUGAGGGGGGAAAGCCUCUUUAAAGCAGGGGAACUAUUGUUUUCUCCAUUGAGUAGGAGAACACAGAGGGAAGAGGCAUGAAGCAUGUACAGGGAGGAGGAACUAUAUUGACUUGACGUAUGUGAUAGGACUUUAUGACAGAAGAUCCAAAGAGGUAGGAGUCAGCCUCCUAAGAUGAAGUGCCUUUUAGUCUGUUAUAUGGCUGUUGUACUGUUAUUUUAAAACCUCCACUGUCAUUAAAUUAAUUUCAUACUGUAAAACAUGUGCCUAAGUUGUAGUUUGUUAGGAUUUCAGCAAAAACAUGCCAUGCUUUAUUAGCUUCCCGUUUGGCAAGAAAAAAGACAAGCAAAGGCAGAGGCUUCAUAUUAUAAAUGCUUUAUUUUUUUACAUCAUGUACAUUCACAGGAUGUUCACGAUUGUACAGUUUUGUACAAAAAUAAAUGGGAGCAAAUAAAACUAUGUACAUUCUAAUAUAUAUUUGUUUUUUUAAAGCAAGUAAUGAUGAAGAUAAUAAUAAUAGUAUUAAUAAUAAAUGCCGUUGAGUUUAA